AUGGCAUCUCCAGUCUCGCCGCUCAUGACGCUCUUGGCGACGAUUUUCCUCUUCGCCACCAAUGUUUUCGCCAUUUCCGCUGUUUUGGGUGUCGACCUUGGUACCGAGUAUAUUAAGGCCACUCUCGUCAAGCCUGGUAUUCCCCUCGAGAUUGUCUUGACCAAGGACUCCCGACGAAAAGAAACCUCCGCCGUCUGCUUCAAGCCUUCCAGAAAUGGACCUCAAAAGGGUGAAUACCCCGAGAGGGCCUACGGAGCCGACGCCAUGGCUCUCGCCGCUCGCUUCCCCAGCGAUGUCUAUCCCAACCUCAAAACCAUCCUCGGCCUGUCCACUGAAGACUCCGUGGUGAAGGAGUACGCCGCCCGACACCCCGCGCUGCAAUUGCAGUCCCACCCUACUCGAAACACAGCCGCAUUCAAGAGCAAGUCUUUCACUGAGGAGCAGGAGGCAUGGAUGGUUGAGGAGCUGCUUGCUAUGGAGCUGCAGAGCAUUCAGAAAAACGCUGAAGUGGCUGCUGGCGAUGGAUCCAUCAUCCGCUCCAUUGUUCUUACCGUUCCUCCUUUUUACACUAUCGACGAGAAGCGCGCUGUUCAAACAGCAGCUGAGCUUGCUGGUCUGAAGGUUCUGGGACUUCUUAGCGACGGUCUUGCCGUUGGUCUGAACUACGCUACUACUCGAGAGUUCCCCAACGUCAGUAACGGAUCUAAGCCCGAGUACAACAUCAUCUUCGAUAUGGGCGCUGGGUCUACCAAGGCUACUGUCAUGAAGUUCCAAGGCCGAGCAAUCAAGGAUAUCGGCAAGUUCAACAAGACCGUCCAGGAGGUUCACGUUGUUGGCGCUGCCUGGGACCGCACUCUCGGCGGAGAUGCUUUGAACUACCUCAUUGUCGAUGACAUGGUCAAGAAGUUCGUCGAGUCCAAGGGCGCCCAGAAGGCUUCCGUUGCCGCCGAGAGCGUCAAGUCUCACGGUCGCGCCAUCGCAAAGCUCAACAACCAAGUUGGCAAGAUUCGCCAUGUGUUGAGUGCCAACCAAAACACUGGCGCUAGCUUUGAGGGUCUGUACGAGGACAUUGACUUCAGGUACAAGAUCAGCCGCGCCGAGUUCGAGGAGAUGGCUGCUGAGCAUGCUGAGAGGAUUACUGUUGUUAUCAACGAUGCUCUCAAGGCCGCUAACCUCGACAUUAUCGACAUCGACUCAAUUAUCCUUCACGGUGGCGCUUCUCGCACUCCCUUCGUCCAGAAGGUUUUGGAGAAGCUCUCUGGUUCUACAGACAAAAUUCGAUCCAACGUCAACUCUGAUGAGGCUGCUGUUUUUGGAGCUGGUUUCCGCGCCGCUGAGCUUAGCCCCAGCUUCCGCGUCAAGGAGAUCCGAAUUUCAGAGCCUGGCUUCUACUCAUCUGGCGUGAAGUGGGAGACCAAGGGUAAGACUCACCACCAGCGUCUUUGGUCUGCCGUGUCUCAGGGAGCCGUUCCCAAGGAGCUUACAUUUACCAAUGGCGAGGAUUUCACUGCUACAUUCUACCAGCAAAUUGGCUCUGAUGAAAAGGAUGUCAAGGUCCUUACUACAAAGAACUUGACUGCUACUAUUGCUGCUAUCAAGCAAAAGUACCCUUCGUGUGUUGAGUCUGAGAUUCAGUUCAAGCUCGGUGUCAAACUCAGCAACGAGAAUGGCGAGGUUCAGAUUGCCAAGGCUGCUGUUGAGUGUGAGGCCGAGGUCAAAGAAGGGCUCGUUGAUGGUGUCAAGAACCUCUUUGGCUUUGGAAAGAAGGACCAGAAGCCCUUGAAGGAGGGAUCUGAGGGCUCUGAGGAGGAGAUGAAGGACGAUAAGUCUUCGUCUUCCACCACUUCUUCUGAAUCUUCUACUGCUUCUGAGGCCGAGUCUGCUUCUUCUGGAAGCGCUGAGGAGGUCAAGCCUGAGGUCAAGAAGCGGGAGACUGUUGGCAUCCCUGUUGAGAUCACCGUUGAGGAUCUCGGUAUUCCAAGUCUUACCAAAGCAGAGAUCUCUGCUUCUAAGGAUCGUCUUAAGUCCUUUGCCGCUUCCGACAAGGCACGACUCCAGCGAGAGGAGGCUCUGAACCAACUUGAGGCGUUCACAUACAAGAUUAGGGAUCUCCUUGAAGGUGAUGCUUUCAUCGAGGCCUCUAGUGAGAAGCAAAGGACCAAGCUGGCUGACCUCUCCAGCGAGACAAGUGACUGGCUCUACGCUGAUGGCGCGGAGGCUACAAAGGAUGUUCUCAAGUCCAAGCUCAAGGUCCUCAAGGAUCUUGUCGCCCCUAUCCAGAAGAGGGUUGAAGAGUCUGAGAAGCGCCCCGAGCUUACCACUUCGUUGAAGGAGUCUCUGGAACGAACUUCUGAAUUCCUCAACAAGAUCAAGGAGCAGAUCGCUGAGCACGAAAGCUGGCACAAGUCCGCCUCUGAGUCGGCGUCCGCUUCUUCAUCAACUGAAUCUUCCAGCACAGAUGCUGCUGGAGAGAAGGCUACUGGUGAUUUUGACGGACUCGAAGACGAAGACAGUGCAGCUGCUACAGCCCGCAAGAUGGAAGACGUCAUCAAGGAGAAGGGGCCUAUUCCUCCUCUGUACACUUUGGAAGAUCUCAAGGAGGCUAGUGACCUUUACAAGUCCACUCAAGACUGGCUGAACGAGCUUGAGCCCAAGCAGGCUAAGCUGGCUGCCAACGUGGACCCUGUGCUUCUCAUCAAGGACCUCAAGGCCAAGCGUGACAAGCUCGAGAAAGUCAGCAUGGAAGUCGCCCUUAAGGGUGCCAGGAAGGUUGAGGAGAAGAACCGACAGGCUAAGAAGGCUGCUAAGGAAGCUAAGAAGAGCAAAGGAAAGAAGAGUAAGACAGCAAGCGGAGACGCAUCACAGGAGCCUAUUCAGCUCAACGCUGAGGACUUCAUGAAGGAUGGUGAGAUCGACAAGGAGCAGCUCGAAAAGCUGAUCAAUAACAUGAAGAAGGAGAACGAGAAGAAGGAUGAGGGAGAGAAGAAGCAGACACAUGACGAACUAUAG